AUGGCUGAAGUACUCUCGGCAGUUCCUGAUGCUCAGUCAUACUUUGCUCCCUCGCCCCUCCGCCGUUCGUCGCCCUCUCAGACUUCACUGUUCUCCAAUUCUCCACGCUCAUACUCUCCAAAAUCACGACCGCAACCUGUCGAACACAACGACAUCAUAUCACAUUCGCUCUUAUCGUCGGGUCACUCUUCGCCUCGUGUCUCUCGCUUCGAUACCCCGGACGACUCGUCCGUUAGCUCAACACCCGCAAGUAGCCUGUCAUUGUAUACGCAAAGCGACGAUUGCGAUGCCGAUGUUGAGGAUGACGAAAUCUCCUUUCCUAGCUACGACUUCCAAAGUGAGCCUUCCAAGGAAGAUUACCAAGAAGAGUCUGUCGAAUUGGACUCUAGUCACGUCAGCGGGCCCCCAAGUUCGGUGACACCGGAUGAGCAUCCGACUGCAGAGGACGAUACGGCAGUUCGACCUGAACCGUCACAGCAUGUCGACUAUCUCUCUCAUAAUUGGGACGAGGAGGACAUAGCUGCAUCUUGGAGGCACAUCGUGUCCAAGCGUAAAGUAUACGGAGAGCGUUCUCGGUUGGAGAAUGCAUCGUGGAGAACCUGGGCAAAAUCAAAGCACAAUCUGAAGACUGUCUCCCCAGAGACUCUCAACUGGCUAAAGGACUGUGACGUAACAUGGCUAUAUGGCCCAUUGCAAACCGCGCCAAACAGAAGCUACCCAUCUCAAAGUUCGGAGCCAGCGAGUCGGCUUUCUAAGAACAACUCCUUCAUUGCUAAGAAGCCAAUCCUGAAGAAACGAAGUGUCUCGGAGCUAAUGCUGCAAAAAUCAUUAUCGGCGUCUUCCCUGGUCAAACAAGCUGCGGCCUGCGUUCAAGCUCAGCAGAAAGCUGGUUCCUCUCUAAGAGCUCCUCGACCCGGCUUCGUUCGAGCUUGCUCUGAUUUUGUGUCAUCUUCAUCUUCAUCGAAACCUGCAAGCAGAGACGCGACUAGCUCCAUAUCAUCCCGAUCAUCGUCAGGUUUGCAGACACCUGAUCAAGGCGAGAAGAGACAUAUUCGCUUCGACGACAAAGUCGAGCAGUGUAUUGCUAUAGAUGUCAAGGACGGCGAGUACGAUGAGGAAGAAGACAACUGGCCGCCGCAAGACGACGAUUCUUCCGACGAUGAUCUCGUCAUGAUGAAAGCGUCAAACAAGAAGAAAAUACUGUCUAGGAAUAAUUCACGGAGCAGUUUCAAUGGCGACACCAAGAUUAUUGAAAAGCUGGAACCGACUACGUUAAAGUAUCGGACAGAUUCUCCUGACGUCACUCAGCAGACCACUGUACAUUCUUUUGGGAUGUACAAAUCCAGCAAAAUAUCCCCAUCACCCUCGCAAGAGACUCUACGCCCUUCGAACUCGUCAAAGAAUUUUCUUCUUCCAGAGGAUGAUGACGAUGACGAUAUGGCAUGGGAACCAUCGAGCGCCUUCAACAACGGUGGCCCUUUAGUAUCGAGGCAAGGCGGCGACCUUCGCGAGGCGGCUGGUCUUAGACGGACUGAAUCAGGCAUGUUCAUGCCCUACGAGGAUGAUGAAGGUAUGGAUCCGGGAAACGGCAUAUUGGGGCGUGUGGUCGAGACUGUCAACACCGCUCGUGACAUUGCCCACGUUAUAUGGAACGUUGGCUGGAGAAACUAA